CCAAAAUAGCAAGAGGUACCAGGAAGCGCCGCUGAUCUGCACAGACCCCUUUGCCUGCUGCUGCCCCACAGGGAACAGGGAGCUGCUGAGGAGCCACAUGGUCCAUCCCUGGAUUCUCCAAGCACUGACUGCCCAUCCACUCUGACCACAGCCAGGGGCCACAUCCCACUGCCUGCCCAGUGUCCAUCCAUGGAGGUGAGCACUGUGUCCUCCCCUGCCAUCUCAUCCACUGAAGGAGAUGAUCUGUGUGAGACAGAUGUCACCAGUGUGGCCACACACAGUGUGACACUGCUCAUCUGCCUCUCUGGGCUGGCUGGGAACGGGGCUGUCAGGGUCCUCAGGUUCUGCACCCAGAGGGACACCAUGAAACCCAUCACUGCCUACAUCCUUGACCUGGCCAUCAUCAACUUCCUCUUCCUCAUCCUGAUGGUCUCCUCCACUCUGCUCUUCCUGCUGGAGGAUUUGUCCUGUUCUGCCAUCAUGUCCCCAGCAUACAUAAGCUUCCUUUUCCUCCUCUUUGUGAUGUUCUACAGCGUAGGGCUGUACCGGCUGACAGCCAUCAGCGUUGAGAGGUGCAGGUCCCUGCUCUGCCCACGUGGGCUCUUCUGCCACCUUCCCCAGGACCUGUCAUGGGUGGUGGUGAGUGCCGGGCUCUGGGCCCUUUCCAUCACUGUCAUUGCUGCCAUUUCUGCAGUGACUUCCCUGUGCGAGUCACAGGAACACAAGCUCUGCUGGGGCACUCUCAUCUCCCUGUACAUCCUCAACUUCCUCGUCUUUGCUCCAUCCGUGGUCAUUUCCAGCACAAUCCUCUUCAUUCAUUUCAAGGGAAGCUCCCAGCAGCAGCGAUCCAAGAAUCUUGACAUCAUUGUCUUCCUCGCUGUGCUUUUCACUCUCCCCCUCAGUCUCUGGAAAUUCCUGCAGCAGCAGCUCGGCUACACCGCUGUGUCCCCCCAGGUUGUUCUCCUGUUUGCCUGCAUGCACAGCAGCAUCAACCCCUUCAUCUACUUCUCAGUAACAAAGUGCUGGAGGCGCUGCUCCAUGGAGUCCCUCAGGGAGUGCCUGCAGGAGGUCUGUGAGGAGCCAGAAGGAAGCAUUGCCCCCAGUAAUGAUGCCAACAGGGACUCAGUGAUCUGA